UCAGAAAGAUGGCCGCCAAAGAAACGUUGCAUCAGGGCUCUAGUCCUCUGAUGUCUAGUUCUGCCUGUAUUAAUGACUGUUUGCCGGGAAUCCUGUCACCUGAUGCGGUUCCAUUCACCCCAAUGAGCCAGGAGAACCGGGUUGAACUGGGUUCUGUGGCGGCAACAGGGGUGCAAUUUAACCGCUGCGCCUCAAAACUCCGCUCACUGCGAGCUGGUAACCCAGCCAACCUAAAAACAGAACUUAACAUCCUAUUCGACCAACUCAUAUCUGAAAACUACACUAGUAACUACAGCCCGAACCAUAACAUACUACCGGAGGAAGUGUGCACCCUGCUUGUGCACGUGACUCGCCUGGUUCCCCUCAGCCAAGAACACCUGGUUGUCAAACUGUGUCAGUUAACACACCACCUCCUCAACCAGCUGCAGGUGGUAGUGGACGAGCAGACACUGGAUGUGUGUAUGUGUUACGCUGUGCAGGCGCUGGGUGUGUGUAACCCCUGGACUCACAGUGAGAUCCUCCUGGCUCUAUCAACACUGGUCUAUGGGAACGGACCUCACUGCCACAGGCACUUGGGUGCGUUGCUGGGUGAUGAUGGAAUCCUGCGUCUCUAUAGCGACCCCUCUCAUCCAGACAUGGAGCUUCGUCGGGCUGCUCUGACCUGUCUGGCCAACCUCUGUCUGAGCGUUCCCGGCCAGGCGUCUCUAGAGGAGCCGUACAGGAGUGUGUGUUUCAAAGUAUUCCUACAGACGCUCCAGUCACCACAACCUCCUGAUGCUGACCCACUGCUCUACUGCAUGAUGGUUCAGGGAGCGGUGAAGGGCCUCCAGGCAUCCCUGUCUGGAGGAAAAUGGAGGUUUGGAGGAUCAGAGGAGCUGGGAGCUCUGUUGGCUGUUCUCAAGCGGUUCAUGUUUCAUGGAUGUCCAGGAGUGUGUGUGGAGUGGCUGUCUGUUCUGUACCCUGCCCCCCUCCCCCAGUACGAAACCUGCUGCCCCAAACCCCCCCAACCUCCAAGGGACCCCCCUGCACAGACCAAGACCUCAGCGAAUAAGAAACGGAAGUCCAAAGGUCGCGGGAGGAAAGCAGGAGAGGAGGAGGAAGUGGAGAGAGAGGUUAGACCGGGACCUCCGGGAGGAGGAAGGACCUGGCCCAAGACUCCUGGCCUCCCUCCCUCUCCUGCAGUCGUCUCCUCCCUUGCCUCAUUUUGGAAGAUGAGCAGCUCUGAUUCCGAGUUCUCUGAUCCUGAAGGAGCAGCACACUCCAAACUGAGGUUGUACCACAGUAGAGUUCGUCAGGGGGUGUUGCUGUGCCUCCUCACCGUAGUGAAGGCAGUGGACAGACGCACGCUGUAUGGCUAUUGGUCCUCCUUUAUACCGGACACUCCUAUUGGUGGACCGCCUCCUCUCACACUGCUGACCAUAGUGCUGAAGGACCCUUCACCCAAGGUGCGCACCUGUGCCCUCCAGGUGUUGUCUGCCUUGCUGGAGGGUUCACGUCAGUUCCUGGGCGUGGCUGAGGACUUAGCCCCACCUCGGACCUCCUACACGCCUUUCUCCUUCUCUAUGGCAACCACUGUCCGAGAGUUGCACCGCUCCCUGUCUCUUGCCUUGCUUGCAGAGUCCUCACCGCACACACUCACUCAGGUCGUCAAGUGCCUGGCUCACCUGGUGGGUAAUGCUCCAUAUAACCGCCUGAGACCCGGCUUGCUCAGUCCGUUGUGGAGGCAGAUCCGCCCUUACCUACGACACCGAGACGUCAACGUGCGUGUGUCUGUUCUGACGUUGUACGGAGCCUUGGUGUCUGCCCAGGCCCCCCUCCCCGAAAUCCAGCUGCUCCUCACCCAGCCACACACCCCCCCCCCACAGGACACAGCGCUCAGCUGGAGGCAGGGUGACGGGACCGGCUCGCCGUCACACACACCUCACACCCUGCAGCGCAACUCCCAGACCCCACACACACACACACCCCCGGCAUCACACACUCCGGGAGAGGAGGAGUCUCGUGUGCCCUGGCUGCUGCAGCUGUGUGUGUCACUUGUCACUCAACCCAGAGACGACCAAUCAGACAGCGAAGGCCCUGGAGGAGGAGCCUCCGUCCUGGAGCCCUCCCCCGUCCGUCUGGAGGCCCUGCAGGUUCUAGCCCACCUGGUUCGGGGGUAUUUUCCUCUGUGCCAGGUGUGUCUGUGUGAGCUGGGUGGAGUGAGUGCUCGCUGCCUCAGAGAGACAGACCCCUCGGUACAACUACAUGGAGCCAAGCUGUUGGAGGAGUUGGGGACUGGUAUCAUUCAGCAGUACAGAUCAGAGAGCAGUCAACCUGAGAGCUGCAGAGUGCCAAUACAACAGGUGGUGCAGUUCUGGGUGGAGGUGUUGAGUGGACCGCUGAACGGAGCCCUGCAGAGUCAACAGCACCCCACUCUUCAGACUAGCGCCUGUGACACCCUGUCUUCUAUCCUGCCUCAAGCCUUCACAGAGCUACCUGAGAGGAGCCAGACUCUGUGUAUAACCGUGCUGUUGGGGUUGACCUUCAGUGACAACUCCCUGGUGAAGGCAGCUGCUGUCAGGGCCCUGGGAGUGUACAUCCUGUUUCCCUGCCUGCGAGAGGAUGUGAUGUUUGUAGCGGACACGGCUAAUGCCAUUCUGACUGCCCUUGAUGACCGAUCGCCCAAUGUCCGUGCCAAGGCUGCCUGGUCGCUAGGCAACCUCACCGACACACUCAUUGUCAACAUGGGUUGCUUAGGAGAGGUGUUCCAGGAGGAGCUGUCGGACAUGUUGGUUCUCCAGAUGGUUCAGUCAGCGACCAAAGCCUCCACUGACAAAGACAGGGUGAAGAGUAAUGCGGUGCGUGCACUAGGUAAUCUACUCCACUUCCUGUCUUUGGGUCAGCUGACCCGGCCAGUUUUCCAGCGCCCCCUGGAGGAGGCAAUCAGUGCCCUGGUUACCACUGUCCAAUCAGAAGCCACCAUGAAAGUUCGCUGGAAUGCCUGCUACGCCCUGGGUAACGCCUUCAGGAACCCUGCCCUGCCACUCGAUUCUGCUUCCUGGUCAGCCAGUGCCUUCUCCGCCCUCUGCUCUGUUGUCAUUUCCUGUCAGAACUUCAAGGUGCGCAUCAAGUCUGCAGCCGCCCUCUCCGUCCCCGCCUCCCGGCGUUGCUACGGUGACGCGGAGCGGUUUGGGUGUGUGUGGCGCUCGCUGCUGACGGCUCUGGAGCACAGCGAGGAAACCCGGGACUUCCUGGAGUAUCGCUACUGCUCUGCCCUGCGACACACCCUCACACACUCCCUCACUCACCUGCUACAACUCAGCCAAUCACACGACAUGCCUGCCCUUGGGGCGUCACUGCAAACUGAGGAGGGGAGGGGCUUCAGGGGACACCUGGUUAAAUACCUGAGAGGGGGAGGAGGAGGGGUGGAGUGUGAAAGAGAGGGGGAAGGGGGAGGAGGGGAAGAGGGAGAGAUAGAGGAGGAUGGGGAGGACAGAUUGAGAGCUUUUAAGGAGACGUUAGAGAGACUGAGGGGUCUGUCUGGAGAGGGGGAGGGGGAGGAAAGGAUGAGUGCGAAGGUGGUGGUGGCCGUUUUGGAAGACGUUCUGAGGAGCUGUGAAGAGUUAAAGGUCACAACCUCAGAUUGACUCCUGGCCUCUAACCCUGACCUGUUCUGUUGCCUAGCUCAGCCUCUCCCUGAGCCUCAGACCCCAGAGUGUUGCUGCCUGAACUCUGAGGGUGACUUCUAUAGGGACCAUGAAACAUGUCAACGUCACACACUGGUGACUCGAAUGAUGCAAUUGAUUUUACACUUUUAAAUUAAAGAAACAAGCAAUGAAUUCAAAUGAACAAAUCUCUUCGCUGAUUAAGAAACCUCAGUAACAGCUCAACGUUUACUUCAAGAGGUAGUCUCAUUUACAUAUGUCCAGUCUUGAAAUAAGACAAUGCAGAGGUAAUAUGUUCAGACAUGUCUAUCCAAUCUUUGGUGGGAAAUUGUGCAAAUUAAAAAAUGUGUCAUGGGAUUCCAUGUUUCUCUGGUGGCUCUUUCCACUGGAUGUUCUCAUCAGCCCAAACUCCCUAAAAGGCUUUGGCAAGCUUGUGCAAAUAGCAACGGUGUGCAAGAACGUGCAAAUGGAGGGCCAUGCAGAAGGCCGUGUGUUCUGUUUGAGCCACAGAGAGGGACUGGUUCAGGACGAGUUGUCCAUGUUCUCCAUUGUGGAUUGGCCUGAUGUAAUCUUUCCCUGGAUUUUUAUCAGCUUACAAACUAAUGAGUAUGUGAUUAACGAUGCUGGACUGUCCCUUACUGAAGCAUCCACAAUUACGGUUAUAAUGUUGUAUUAAAUAUACUAAAGUGGAUAUAAUAAAAUACUGUUUUGCUAUUCAGUUCCUUUAUUUUA